AUGAGCAUAUAAACCACACUUUAAAGUACUUAAGAAGAAUUAACAAAAUUGCAAUCACUUAUAUAGGAACUCUCAGAAAAAGGCAAUCUUGAUGAAAUAACAGAGGGAAUGAGUCACAAAGAUUAAAUUGAACUUAAUCUCAACUUAGCUUAUACUCUGUCUUCACUCUAUUAUUGUAAUAUGUACUAUAAUUAUUUAGCUUAUUUAAAAUUAAACUAAGUCGAAACCUCUGCUCACCCUAUUAUGAAUGAGUUAUCUAGAAUAUAGGAGGCUUACCAAAAAUAUUUGCCUUCAUAAAUCAAACAACCAGAUUAGAAAUAAAUGAGUCUGGAUAGAGAUGCUGCAAAGAGAUUUAUACAACCAAAUUUAAAGAGCUUAGAUGAUAACCAAAAUUAUUAACAAAAACAAAAAAAAUUAAUUGAAGAAGAUAAAAAUAAUACAACUAGGCUUGAAUAACCUGUAGAUAUAUGGAAGAAUGAAAAGGAUUAGUAGGAUCAAAAUAAACAAAAAUUAAUUAGAGGAAAUCUCAUCCCCUAAACAGGUCAUUUGAAUUGGAAAAAUCAGAUUGAGAAAUUAAUGAAAAAAUGA